AUGGAGACCGACUCGAAAUCUGUCGAGUCCGGGGAGACCGCAGCGAUGCCGGGCCAGCAGCAGAUCUCGAGCAACGCCCAGGGCCUGAUCCACGCCUACAGCAUGGAGCUGGUGCGGUCGAGCUCGCGGGCCACCGGCGGCGGCGGUGCACCGGGACGGAACCCGUUCACCGGCACGAGCAACGACCCGGCACUCGACCCACACUCCAAGGCCUUUGACGCCCGGCGAUGGGCCCAGGCCGUGCUGCACUCGACGGGCGAGGGCCCGGAUCACUGCCCACGCCCGACGGCCGGCGUUGCCUACCGCAAUUUGCGCGUCCACGGCUACGGCAGCCCGACCGACUACCAGAAGGACGUCUUCAACGUCCUGCUGCAGGCCCCGCUCGAGGCCGCUCAGUACUUUAUGAGCAGCCGGCGCGGACGCGAGGUGCCCAUCCUGCGCGACGGCUUUGACGGGCUCGUGCGCAGCGGUGAGAUGCUGCUCGUGCUCGGUCGUCCCGGCAGUGGUGUCACCACCCUCCUCAAGACCGUUGCCGGCGAGACCAAUGGCCUCCAGGUCGACGCCGAGGCCUUUAUCUCGUACCAGGGCAUCCCCAUGCAGGCCAUCCAGAAACGCUUCCGCGGCGAGGUCGUCUACCAGGCCGAGACCGACGUCCACUUUCCCCAGCUCACCGUCGGCCAGACCCUGCUCUUCGCUGCCAAGGCACGCACUCCUCAGAUGCGUCCCGAUGGCGUCACCCGUGCUCAAUACGCCAAACACAUCCGCGACGUCGUCAUGGCUGUCUUUGGCAUCUCUCAUACCGUCAACACUCGCGUCGGCUCCGAUCUCGUCCGUGGUGUCAGCGGUGGUGAGCGCAAGCGUGUCAGUAUCGCCGAGGUCGCCCUUAGCGGCAGCGCCCUCCAGUGCUGGGACAACAGCACCCGUGGUCUCGACAGUGCCUCUGCCCUGUCUUUUGCCAACACUCUUCGCCUCUCGACCGAGCUCGCCGGCACCACUGCUCUCGUCGCCAUGUACCAGGCUUCUGAGGCUGCCUACGAGACUUUUGGCAAGGUCUGCCUUCUCUACGAGGGCCGCCAGAUCUUCUUCGGUCCCGCCAACGAGGCCAAGGCUUUCUUCGUCGACAUGGGCUACGAGUGCCCUGAUCGCCAGACCACGGCCGAUUUCCUCACCUCGCUUACCAACCCUGGCGAGCGUGUCGUCCGCCCCGGCUUCGAGAACCGCGUCCCUCGCACCCCUGACGACUUUGUCGCCUACUGGAAGGCCAGUGCCACUCGUGCUAGCCUGUUGCAGGACAUUGCCGAGUUCGACCAGGAGCAUCCUAUGGACGGAACCCCCAUCGAAGCUAUGGCCACCGUGCGGAAGGCACACCAGGCCCCGCUGACUCCCAACAAGUCUCCCUUUACCCUCUCGUUCCCCCAGCAGGUCGCUCUCUGCAUGACCCGCGGCUAUGAGCGGACUAUGGGCGACAAGACCUUUUUCAUCGUCACCGUCGGCGGCAACCUCGUUAUCUCCCUUGUGCUUGGCAGUGUCUUCUACCAGCUGUCUCCCGAUGCCUCUAGCAUCACGUCGCGCUGCAUCUUGCUCUUCUUCGCCAUUCUGUUCAAUGCCCUCAGCAGCUCCCUGGAAAUUCUCUCUCUGUAUGCCCAACGUCCGAUCGUCGAGAAGCACGCCCGCUAUGCACUCUAUACACCCUCGGCCGAAGCUGUCUCGUCUGCCUUCUGCGAACUGCCCUCCAAGAUCUUCUCCGCUAUCGCUUUCAACAUUCCGCUAUACUUCAUGGCCGAUCUUCGACAUGGCGCCGGGCACUUCUUCUUCUUCUUGCUGUUCGCCUUUACGUGUACCUUGACCAUGUCCUUCAUCCUGCGCACCAUCGGCCAGGCUUCUCGCACCGUUCAAGAGGCUCUGACUCCGGCUGCCGUGUUCAUCAUAUCUCUCGUCAUCUACACUGGCUUUGUCAUUCCCGUCAAAUCCAUGCAGGGCUGGAUGCGCUGGAUCAACUACCUCAACCCCAUUGCCUAUGCCUACGAGAGUCUGCUGGUGAACGAGCUUAGCGGCCGCAACUUCCCCUGCGCCUCGUUCGUGCCGGCGUACCCGAACCUCUCCAGUUCUGAGCAUACCUGCUCUACUGCUGGCGCUGCCCCGGGUGCCGACUUUGUCGUUGGUGACACCAUUCUGAACAGCAGCUACGAGUACUACCACGCUCACAAGUGGCGGAACCUGGGCAUUCUCAUCGGUUUCCUGAUCGCCUUUUUCUUCGCCUACCUCGUGGCCUCUGAGUACAUCACGGCCGAGCAGUCCAAGGGCGAAGUCCUCGUCUUCCGCCGUGGCCACAAGGAGUCUGCCGUAGUCGAGAGGAAGACUGCGACCUCGGACGACAGCGAUGGCGAGAAGGGCCACCAGACCGAACAGAAGGACAUCUGCCAUUGGCGCAAUGUGUGCUACGACAUCACCAUCAAGGGCCAGGGCAGACGUCUGCUGGACCACGUUGACGGCUGGGUCAAGCCCGGAACUCUGACCUGUCUUAUGGGUGUCUCUGGGGCUGGAAAGACCACUCUGCUCGAUGUCCUCGCAAACCGCGUCACCAUGGGUGUUGUCACAGGCGACAUGUUGGUUAACGGAAGCCCCCGUGACAGCUCCUUCCAGCGCAAGACCGGCUAUGUUCAGCAGCAGGACGUCCACCUCGAGACCUCGACUGUGCGCGAAGCCCUUCGCUUCAGCGCACAGCUGCGGCAGCCAACAACUGUCAGCACCCAGGACAAGUACAUCUUUGUCGAAGAGGUUAUUGAGCUGCUCGAGAUGGACGAGUAUGCUGACGCCAUUGUCGGCGUUCCUGGUACCGGUCUGAACGUCGAACAGCGCAAGCGCCUGACCAUUGGUGUGGAGCUUGCUGCCAAGCCCGAUCUUCUGCUCUUCCUCGACGAGCCCACGUCUGGCCUCGACAGUCAGACUGCCUGGUCCGUUGCCGCGCUCAUUCGCAAGCUCUCUGCCCGCGGCCAGGCCGUUCUGUGUACCAUCCACCAGCCGUCCGCCCUGCUGUACCAGCAGUUUGACCGCAUUCUCCUGCUGGCUGCCGGUGGUCGCACCGUGUACUUUGGCGACAUUGGCCCGAACGCAGAGACAAUCAUCAGCUACUUUGAGCGGAACGGCGCCGAGCCCUGCGGACAGGACGAGAACCCGGCCGAGUGGAUGCUCUCUGUCAUUGGUGCUGGACCGGGUGGUGUAGCAAAGCAGGACUGGGUCAGUAUCUGGCGCAACAGCGACGAGUACAGUGCCGUUCAGGCCGAGCUGGAUAACCUGGCCAAGCGCAAGGACACUAUGGCUUCUAGCGGCGCAACUGACGCCGCUGCUGUCACCACUUAUGCCACGCCCUUCUUCUUCCAGCUGUACAUGUGCUCCAAGCGCGUCUUUGAGCAGUACUGGCGCACUCCGUCAUACAUCUACGCCAAGAUGAUCCUGUGUUUCGCGGUCUCUCUCUUCAUCGGUCUCUCUUUCCGCAAGGCUCCCUUGUCCGAACAGGGCCUGCAGAACCAGAUGUUCUCCAUCUUCAUGCUGCUUGUCAUCUUCGCCUUCCUCGCCUACCAGACGAUGCCCCAUUUCAUCCGCCAGCGCGAGCUCUACGAGAUCCGUGAACGUGCCUCGCGCACGUACUCGUGGUAUGUCUUUAUGCUGGCCAACAUCAUCGUGGAGCUUCCCUGGAACACCAUCGCCUCGCUGCUCGUCUUCCUGCCGUUCUACUACAUCGUCGGCAUGAACCACAACGCAGAGGCGACGCAUUCGGUGUCUGAGCGUGGCGGCCUCAUGUUCCUGCUUGUCUGGGUCUUCCUCGUCUUCGAGUCUACCUUUACCGACAUGGUUGUGGCUGGCUCGCCCACGGCCGAGCUGGGUGCCACCAUGGCCCUGCUGCUGUUUGCCUUUACACUGAUCUUCUGCGGUGUCAUGGUUGGAAAGGACCAACUUCCUGGCUUCUGGAUCUUCAUGUACCGCGUCUCACCCUUGACGUAUCUAGUCGGUGGCCUCUUGGCUACUGGCGUCGGCCAUCACGAAGUUACUUGCACCGCUCGGGAGCUGCUCAGCUUUCAGCCGGUCGGCAACCAGACCUGCCUCGAGUACAUGACCCCGUACAUGAAGCUCGCCGGUGGCAAGGUGAUCAACCCGAACGCCGUGGCCCCUGCUAGCUGCGAGUUCUGUACUCUUGCCAACACCGACGCCUUCCUGGCCUCGAUCAAUGUCAGCUACGACCAACGGUGGCGCGACUUUGGCCUGAUGUGGGCGUACGUUGUCUUCAACGUGUUCGGUGCUCUGUUUAUGUACUGGCUUGUUCGGGCCCCCAAGGGCGACCUGAAGGCACGCCUGUUCAAGCUGGUUGGCAAGACUGCGUAA